AUGCCUCGAAGAACUAACGGGGUUGGCGUACAGGUCGAGGAUACCAAAAUAUGUGUCGUCAUGGUCGGCUUGCCCGCCAGAGGCAAGAGCUACAUCGCGCAGAAGGCCCAGCGCUAUCUGCAAUGGCUGUCUGUACCCGCUGAGACCUUUAACGUCGGCAAUUAUCGGCGUAAGGCCGCUAGACAGCCAACAGCCGAUUUCUUCGACACAUCGAACGCAGAGGGUGAGAGGCAACGUCUCGCAGCGGCGCAGGCUGCUGUUGCAGACAUGUUGAAGUGGUUCCGCGAGAAAAACGGAACGGUGGGUAUUCUAGAUGCGACCAACUCUACCAAGGACCGCAGGAAAUGGGUAUUGGAGAUGUGCCAGGCGGAGGGUGUCGAAGUCAUCUUUGUCGAGUCAAAGUGCGACGAUGAGGAGCUAAUCAUGGCCAACAUCCGGGAUGUCAAGACUACGUCUCCAGAUUAUGUGGGCCAGGAUCCUGACAAGGCGGCUCUGGAUUUCCGAAAUCGCAUUCGCAACUACGAGAAGAUCUACAAGAGCAUCAACGAAGAUGGUGACGAGGAUGAUCUGACAUACCUCAAGAUCCUCGAUGUCGGCAAGCAAGUCAUCAUCAAUCGAAUCAGGGACUACCUACAGAGCCGUGUCGUCUACUAUCUGAUGAAUUUGCACAUUCGCCCGAGAUCUGUGUGGCUUUCAAGACAUGGCGAGUCACUAUACAAUCUGGAUGGCCGAAUCGGCGGCGACACACUUCUCUCUGAGCGCGGUGAACAGUAUGCGCGCAAACUCCCGCACCUGGUGCGUGAGUCUGUGGGCGAUGAUCGACCGCUCACGGUGUGGACAUCAACACUAAAGCGCACAAUUGCCACUGCGCGCUUCUUACCUGCGCACUACAAUCAAUUGCAGUGGAAGGCGCUUGACGAGCUGGACUCUGGCGUCUGCGAUGGCAUGACCUACCAAGAGAUCAAGGACUAUUACCCCGAGGAUUUCCAGGCGCGCGACGAGGAUAAGUACAACUACCGCUAUCGCGGCGGUGAGUCGUAUCGCGAUGUAGUCAUCCGCCUCGAGCCCAUCAUUAUGGAAUUGGAACGCAGUGAGGACAUCCUCAUCGUGACACACCAGGCCGUGCUACGCUGCAUCUACGCUUACUUCAUGAAAAAGGAUCAGGAGAAGUCGCCAUGGAUGCACGUGCCGCUGCACACACUGAUCAAGCUGACCCCGCGCGCCUACGGUACUGAUGAGCAGCGAUGGGACGCCAAAAUCGCCGCUGUAAGCACCUGGAGAGGCAAAGGCAGCACUGCGAAGCAUGAAGACCCCGUGCCGGAAGCUCUUCGCUAA